GGGAGGAUGUGGGAGGUGAUGGGGGUUGUGCAGAGUGACGCCGGGUGCAGGGAGGAGUGCAGGGAGGAUUCGGGUCCAGACGGGAUGUGGGCAGCUGCGUGGUCCCCUGUGGACGUUGUCCUCCGAGCAAUGAGGACAGCACUGGGGACCCUGGGAGGACUCCCCGUGGGUGCUGCAGGAGUCCGUGCUGGAUGGAGCUGGAGCUGCAGAUUUCCCUGGACGUUUCCCUGGACGUGACAGCUGGGCUUCCCGGAACCCUCCCUUCCAGUCCUGAGGGAAUCAGGGACGGACCAAGUGUCGAAGCCCCAGAGGACCCGCCUGCUGCCAUGAAUUCCUGCCGGAAGGCCCAGAGACCGGGAGCUGCAGAGCGACACGGGUCCUGUGAGAGAUGGGUGUCAUUUGAGGACGUGACUGUGGAGUUCACCCAGGAGGAGUGGCAGCACCUGGACCCCACGCAGAGACGCUUGUACAAGGACGUGAUGCUGGAGAUCUACAGCCACCUCUUGUCAGUGGGGGAACUGGAGAUUGAGACGCCACAUCAACAAAUUUCUGUGAAUGCUUCAUUUCCAAAUGAUUUCUCAAGAGAAAUCACAAGGCAUGGCUCAUAUAGUUCUGUUUUAGAAAAACUGUGGCAGAAUGCUGACCCUUCAAAGAGAGAUCAGCAAAGCCCGAUCCCACCCUUGAGUCCUGGAAACAAGAAAAAACUGAGCACAGACAGAGGCUAUGAAUGGGAAGAGACUGGGCAGUCAAUUCCUUUGGGACCCCACGACGUUUCUGUACAAAAGAGACGUCAGAGAUGUUCCUUAUCAGCAAAAAGUGUGAAGCCUAACCUUGAAACAAAUGCUGAUAAUCAAAGCAGUGCCACCUGGCAGGGUGAUGGCAUUGUGGGGUCUCAGCAGCUCUUCACACAAAGCUCUUCAGAUGCAGUGUGUACAGUUCCUCAUCAAGGAGAGGAGUCAUGUAAUGACACUCAGUCUGGAGAAGUUCUCUGUCCUAAGCAACCACUCACAGAGCAUGAAAUUAAUUGUCGGGACAAGCCACUUGAAUAUACUGGAUACGGGAAGGUCGUCACUGGUAGUUCUGCUUUCUCUCAGCAACAAAUUACUAGCACUACAGAGACACCUUUUAUCUGUCACACAUGUGGGAAGACCUUCUUCCACAGUUCUGAGUUGACCUCCCAUCCAGGAACUCUCAGAAGAGAGACGCCUUAUGAAUGUCCUGACUGUAGGAAAUCACAUAGGGGUACAUCCAACCUGCAGGUGCACCGUGAAAUUCACACCAGUGAGAAGCCUUAUGAAUGCCACGUCUGUGGGAAAUCGUUUAGCUAUACUUCACACCUAAAGGUGCAUCUUCGAACACACACAGGAGAGAAACCAUAUGUGUGUUCUGACUGUGGGAAGGCAUUCAGUCAAAAGUCGGUCCUCACCAUACAUCAGAGAAUUCACACUGGAGAAAAGCCUUACACAUGCAGUGACUGUGGGAAAAUGUUUGUUUGUGCAUCAGAUCUAACGAAGCACGCCCGAUUUCACACAGGGGAGAAGCCUUAUGAAUGCCCUGACUGUGGGAAAUCUUUCAGCAUUAAAUCCAACCUGCUUGCACACAAUCGUAUUCACAGCAGUGAGGGCCCUUACAAAUGCUUUGACUGUGGGGAAUCAUUCAGGAAAAUAUCCCUACUGAAGAUUCAUCAUCAAAUUCAUACUGAUGGGAGAUCUUUUGUGUGUUCUGACUGUGGGAUGGCCUUCAGCCAAAAAUCAGUCCUCGCCACACAUCAGAGAAUUCAUACUGGGGAGAAAUGUUACCCAUGCGGGGACUGUGGAAAAUUGUUUCUUUAUGCUUCAGAUCUGGAGAAGCAUUGUCGAUUUCACACAGGGGAGAAGCCUUACAAAUGCCAUGAUUGUGGCAAAUCAUACAGUGUCAAAUCCCACCUGCAUGUACAUCAUCGAAUUCACACUGGUGAGAGACCAUACAAAUGCGAUGACUGUGGGAAAUCAUUCAGAAGAAACUCUCACCUGCAGAUGCAUCAGCAAACUCACACUGGUGAGAAGCCCUACAAAUGCUGUGACUGUGGGAAAUCCUUCAGGAGAGCCUCUCACCUGAAGGUGCAUCAUCGAAUUCACACUGGUGAGAAACCUUAUGUGUGUUCCGAGUGUGGGAAGGCCUUCAAUGAUAGGUCAGUCCUCAGCACACAUCAGAGAAUUCACACUGGGGAGAAGCCUUACAUAUGCAGUGACUGUGGGAAAGCCAUGUCUUCUAAAGCCAAUCUCAAAGAGCAUCAGCGAAUUCACACAGGAGAGAAGCCGUAUGUGUGCCACGAAUGUGGGAAGGCCUUCAGUGACAAAUCUUCUUUUUAUAGACAUUGUAAAAUCCACAAUAGGGAGAAACCGUUUGUCUAUCAGAAACGGGAGAAUGGCUUCUUGCAAAAUUCACAGUUGACAUCUUCUCAAUAAACUCACACUAGAAAGAAUAUUUAGAAAUGUGACAUGGGGCAAUCGUUCUGUGAUAUGUAUCAGCCGAAGCUGUAUCGUUGAAGUCACACCUAUUACCACUAGUACGACUUUGGGAAGUCUUUGCACAACUCUGCAUGCAUCGUCCAAGUCAUACCAGGAAGACACCUUGUGUGUGUUGUGAAUACAAAGUCCUUCAAAAUCAUGCCAUCUCAGUGGACUCAAGCAGUCACACAGGCACUGUUUCUACAGACACAUGGUCGAUGAAAGCAUUUACCACAAAAUCAGUUCCUCAUACAUAUCCCUCACCAAAAUAGUCUUGGUUUACAUGGAAAGUAAUAGUUUCUAACUGACUUAAAUAGGGCUGGGAAGAUAUCAUGCUUAGUUGGUAAAGUUAAGCCUUAGAAGCAUGAGAACCCAAGUUCUACCCCCAGAAGGUUUUAUAAAAACCCUUUCUGUUGGUGUGCACCUGUCAUCUCAGCAAUGCCAAGGUGGGAAAGGCAGAGCCCCACAGGCUUCCUGGAUACCCAAGGUAGCCUAAUUUUUGAACUCCAGGCUAAAGACAGAUUCUGUGUAAAGAAAGUAGACAGCACCUGAGGAAGGAUACCCAAAGUUUUCCUCUGGGUGCCACGGCACACGGUGUGUUCACACCUGUGCAAACACAAUGCACACACACAAAAAGAAACCUAAUUAUACAAGCCAUAGUUCAGAAAAACAAUACAGCUAUGCAUUGCUUGUUUAAACACACAAAUGAUUAUAUAUGAGAAAUUACUAACGAACUUAUAAGAAGCACACAUCUCCAUGUUGUAGUGGACAUUUUAAGGAUAGUCUCCUUGCAUGAAGAAACACAACUAAUGUUUUGAGGUAAACCUUACGUAGUUAAUGGCAUAAGGCUACCUGACUAUUGGUAGGCAAGUUUCUGAGAAAUCACAUAAAUGGUUUCCCUGUUUAUUCUGAGAUAGGAAUAGGCACACACACAAAAAAGCCGUGCAGGCCUCACCCUGUGCAAGAAGGGGUGUACGUGAACAGAGAUGCUGCAGGUGUUUAACCACAGCACAGCAGCUCUGCUCUGCGAUAGUGUGCCCGGCUGCAGGCGGGUCCUAAGCCCCUUCAAUGAGUCGUUCUUCACCAUCCUUCCAGUCUCGGGUUCUCCAGGAUCAUCACCUUCUAGUGGCCAUCUGAGAGAAAUGCAGAAACCCAGAAUGUUCAGGAGCCUCUGCCAGUGCCUCUGCAACCCAACUGCACUGGACCGAGUAAUGCCUCUUAAAUCGUGUCCUUCCAGAACCUCAGCUUAUGGCCUUGUUGAGAAUAGCUUCUUUGUGGAAGUGGACGUGCUUGGUCAGUGUGGGUCCUAAAUCCAGUGAGUAGCAUCCUUAUAAGAAAGCCAGGUGAAGACUCAAAAGAGGGAGAUGGGACCUUGGAGGCAGAGAUUUGAAUACGUGCCUCCAAGCCACAGAAUGCUUAGGACUGCCAGCAACUGGUAGAAGCUGGAAAGGGGACAGGAUGCUUUCUUCCUUAGGAGCCAUCCUUGGCCAGCACCUUAAUUUCAGAAUUCUGUUCUCCAACAUGGCGAGAAAAUAUGUGUCUGUUGUUUUUGCCACAGCCCAGGAAAACUAGUAGAGCACGGCGUGUUCUGGGAUGCCUGGGUGGCGUCGCCUGCCCUGCCCUCCUGCUUCUGCUCCCUCUCAACACCGUCUUCAAUCGUUUUGUCUUUUCUGCCAUGCCUAGCUUUCCCUGCCCGGUCCUCACUCUGGCGUCUGUGUUUCUAACUCUUCUUUGAGUAGGCUGGUGCAUG